UCCUCCUCACAUCUUGGAGUAAAGAUACAAGGGCUAUGGAGGUACCAGGGAAGAAACUGCAAGCAGGGCCGAAUGCAGAGGAUACAACCUACUGCCAGCCAUGUGAACAAGAUGACGAAAACCUUCCGGCUGAGGCCUACUGUACCGUAUGCAAGGAGUUCUUCUGUUCUAAAUGUGCAAGUCUUCAUAGAAAACAGAAAAUGUCUAGAUCUCAUACCCUUCUUGACAAGUCUAAUAUGCUAACAGUUAUCAGUGGUCCAGAAAAUAAACACGAAUACACAGAGCCUUGUGGGGUCCAUCCCGAAGAGUUUAUCAAAUACUUUUGCAACACCCACCAAACCCUGAUUUGUGGACACUGUGCAGUGCAGAACCAUAGAUCGUGUCAUGCUGAUGUCAUAUCAGAUGUCUCGAAGGCCUUCAAAAAUGGAAAAGAGUAUGGGGAUGCCAUAAAAACAAUUGCCGGCUUAUUUGAAGAUAUUGAUUCAUGCGCGUCUAGUGUGGAGAUAAACGUUGACGUUGUAGUGAAGCUUGGUGUAAAUGAGGUUUACAAGCUGAGAAGAUACCGAGAAGAAGUUAACAAGUAUUUUGAAGAAAGAGAACAGGCACUGUUAAAGCUCAUCGAGAAGACGAAAAACAUGGACGAAGAACUACUGGGGUCUCUGAAACCGAAAUAUGAAAAUCUUAAGUCCAAGGUAGAAGAAAUAAAUACCACACUUGAAGCACGAGGAAACAACAUGAUACAGUUGUUCAUUGAGACCAACAGAGCAAAGGAGCUAUUAGAGGGUCUGCAGAUUGAACUUGCUCACAUUAACAAAGAAAAUGUAAUUCACCAUUACGAAUUCAGAAAGGAUCCAACUACAGAGCGUCUUAUUGUAUCUGACACAGGACUUGGGACUUUAGAACACAUUGUGACUGAACCGCACAAGAUAGCAUCUGCAUCAGGUAUAUCGGAAUAUUUAAUAACUUUUGUAAUCACCUUUGAUGAAACCGAAUAUAACAAUUAGUUUAUUAAGACCUGUCCAAUGGUAUAAAUAAAACAAUUAUGUAAAGUAUAUUGUCAUACAUGUAUUUCUAGAUAUAUAUAUAUAUAUAUAUAUAUAUAUACAUAUAUUACAUUCAUUGCACGUCUCUUAACAAACACGUACCACAUAAUUGUGAAGUUAUUUAUAGAAUAAAAGGCAUGGCCUUGUACUAUUCACUUUAGCUUUGUAAUAGUAUUAUUAUAAGUUUAAUAACAAAGGAAGUGAGCAAAAUCAACAUAACUUCACAUUAACGUACGAUGCACGUUUUAUAAUUAUAUAACGAUAUACAAAAGUAUUUCAUAACAUUCAUAAUCUCGUUCCUAUCUGAUGAGGACAGUUGUUUUCUUAACCUAUAAACAGAUUGCAAAAACGUUUAAUACAGGAUUUUCUGAGUUGAAGAUUAUACCGAUAAAUACAUUUGAAAUAGUUUUCACAUUCUAUGACCCAAUCACAGAUACAAUAAAGUUCAUUACGAGAUGUACAAAAGCCCUAAUUUUUAGAAACUACAAGUGCUUACUUGUCACGUAUUGAGGUUAUCAUAGGUAUAUAUGCAUAACCAUAUAUUUUAAGGUAGCCACUGUACAGUUAUGUGACCAGUGACCCAUAUUAUCAUUUUGGUAUUAAUUGAAAAGACUUAAUUAGAGGAGAAAGAAUAUGUAAUUUAUUUAACUAAAACAAUUAUUAUAAAGAAGUUUAUUUACCUUGAAAGAUUGCCAAAUAGGUCAUUCCAAGCCGGAUUUCAAAUAAGAUAAUGAACACAAUUCCAAUCUGCAAAACAUUCAUCAUUUAUUUUCGGUGAUUUGUUUUAACAAUAAGUAAUCAACUAACAAUGCCCAUUCAAACGCUACCAAAUCUGCAUGGGGUCAGCAGGUUCAAAAAUAUAUCCUUAGUAUUAAUUUCUAGGUGAAAGCUUAUGUUUUGUGUGUUCACCCUUUUAGUUAUGUCAUAUUUGUUUUAACAUCUAAAAUAGAAAUAAAAAGACAAGGAUGUAAUAUAAUAAUUCAAAUUAUAGAUGAUGUUUUGUUUUAGAUGAUAUCAUUAUUGAUAUAACUGAAAUUUAAUACACUUGUAUGUAGAAAAUUCCCUAUAUUUAUGAAAUGUUUUGUGAGGUAUGUUCCUGUGGUGUGCCCCGAACCACGCAUGCCAUAAAUGUACGGGGGAUAAUAAAAGGUAGCACACACAAAAAAAAAUGUAUGAUGCUACAAUACUUGAAAUAUGUUUUAUAAAGGCCACCGAUGUCGUGAAUUUAAAGAGUAUGAGAGUCCAUUUGGGAAACUUAAAAAUCUAAACUAAUUUUGUACAUAAACAUAAAACUGUUUACAUACAUAACUGUACUAUUAUUUUGAAUGAAAGGUCACUGUGACCUUCCCAAAUAAAACAACACUGAUUUUGAGUGAUUAUAUUCAAUUUAAUACCAGUCAUUUGCAAAAUUAAAACAAAACAGCAACAAUGGGUAUACAAUUAUGCUAAUUUUGUUGUUGUUGUUGUUGUUGUCGUCGUCGUCGUCAUCGUCGUCGUUGUUGAUGAUGAUGAUGAUGAUGAUGAUGAUGAUCCCACGCAAUAAUUGUAUCGUUUAAAAUGGGUUUGUUUCCUAAAUAAGUUUUGGAUAAUUUAUGUACCUUUCAACUGAGCAAAACAUAGAUGAUAAUUGUUUGUUUCAGUGUAAGAUCAUGAUAUAUUUCACCGAGUGAGCACCAAAAUUUGUAUUUUACGAGUUGUGUAGCCACGAGUGAAAUAUUUACUUUUGUUGUUCACAAGAUCAUAUAUAUUGCUAUCUUUCACAGAAACAAAGAUUUAUUUCUUUUUAUUAUAUGCGUUAAAUUUGAAUUAUUUAUACCUUUUUAGAAAAAAACGCUCCAAUUCGUAUAUGCACGUAAUGCCAUUUCGGAUAUGUCGUUGUUGAAAUUGUGCGCUGUUUUAUUGGAACCAAGAGCGGGUGCAACUUUCAAAUCAAUGAAAAAUACCAGUGGUAUUUUCACUGUUUGAAACAGUGAUAUAUCAUUUUGUUCACUGCUUUAUCUCUAUAAACCACAUGAAAGCAAUACACAGCGCCUUAAUGCGGCUAUAUCAAUUCGACUUGACAACAAUUUAAUUUUUUCUCAAUGCAUAGAUUGUUUGCCAAUGGUACUUUACAGUUUCCUAAAUGGCGGUCCCAGGAUAUGAAACAAACUCAUAUAGCGUGAAUAUCAUCAUUUUAGUGUGGAUAUAAUAGUUAUACAAAUGCAUUGCUUUUCGCAUGUUAUGUUACAUAUGAAUGAACAAUAAAUGCAUGUAUGAAUCUAACAACAUAAUGACUAGAGCCUGUUUUACUGUCUUAUUUUCUCACAAUUUUCUUUUGACGGAGAUAAAAGCUGGAAAAUGAACUACAAGUGAAUGUGUAUACUCGUCCAGUGAAAUGGCGAAAUAAACUACACCUGUAAUUUCCAUUCUUACACAUAAAUAGACAAUGGACCUAUUGGUGGUUGGUUGAUCAUGGUGUACCAUGUCUGUGCUGCCGUAAAACAGCACUUCAUUCAGUAGCUUCAAGAAAAUACCAUGAUCUGAAAUGACUGUUUAAAAUGCACAGAAUAACAUUCGUGUCAAACUGAAAGACGAUGGCUACAAAAGGUGCCAAAUACUUCUAUUCGACGGAUGACAACGUUUCCUUGAAAAUGUGAAACUUUAACAUCAAAACAUCCCAAAUAAAUGUUAUCCGAAACAGUUUCCUUUUGUGAUGACCUCAUCGUGUGAUGUAAUUAUGGCAGUAUACACAUGCUUGACCACGCGGCAGCAUUGAGAUUUCG